UCAGCCCAAGAGACGGUGCAUCCCUGCUUCAGCCUCUCCGUCAGUGUCACGAUCUCUCGCUCAGCCCCAGUCCUUCUCCCGCAGCGUCGCCUUCCCUGAGCUGCGACCAUGGGCUUCGGCGAUAUCCUGGAGGACGUCGGGAGCAUGGGCAAGUUCCAAAUCGUCCACGUUUUGUUGCUGGUGUUGCCAUCCAUUCUAGCACCAAGCCACAACUUGCUCCAGAACUUCAUGGCUGCUGUCCCCGACCAUCACUGCCGGAUGCCUUGGGAAACAGUGAACGGCUCCAGGCACGUCAACGUGACGGACAGGGCGCGUGCGGAGGAUCUUCUCCGGGUUUUCAUCCCUCUGGACCAGAACCAGCGGCCGGAGAAAUGCCUCAUGUACUCCUCUCCUCAAUGGCACCUCCUGGAUCUCAAUGGGACCCAUGGGAGCACAGCUGAAUACCACACACAGAAGUGUACGGACGGGUGGACUUAUGAUGAAUCGAAGUUCAAAGCCACAAUUGUCACAGAGUGGGACCUGGUCUGCGAUCAGAAGUCCCUGAAACGGAUCACGCAGUCGAUCUACAUGUCUGGAUUGCUGGUGGGAGCCAUAGUGCUGGGCAGGCUCUCCGACAAGUUCGGGAGGCGCUCUCUGCUGCUGUGGUCCCAUUUCCAGCUAGCUGUGUCGGGGAUGUGUGGGGCUUUCUCUUCUUCCUAUUCCUUAUUCUGCUUCUGGAGGUUUUUGUGUGGACUAGCAAUGUCUGGGAUCAUACUCAAUGCUUUCUCCCUCAAGGUCGAAUGGAUCCCCACAAGAUGUCGAACGCAAGUUUCAAUGCUGAGUGGUUUUCUCUACACCUUCGGCCAACUGCAUCUGGCCGGCUUGGCGUAUGGAAUCCAGGACUGGCGGUGGCUUCAGUUCACAGUGUCCCUGCCUUACUUCGUUUUCUUCCUCUACUCUUGGUGGUUCCCCGAGUCCGCUCGCUGGCUUAUUCUGAAUGACAAGGCCGAUGUAGCUCUGAAACAGCUCAGGAGGGUGGCCAAGAUGAACGGCAAGCAGGAUGAAGGGAAAAAGCUCACUGUCGAAAUUCUGAAGUCAAACAUGGAAAACGAACAGCAGGUCACCAGGGACAAGCGAAGUGUGUUAGAUCUAUUCCGGACUGCUACCAUGCGCAAGAUAGCCUGCUGUACCAUGCUUGUUUGGUUCUCAACCAGUUUUGCAUAUUAUGGGUUAGCGAUUGACCUGCAAGGGUUUGGGGUCAAUAUUUACCUCAUCCAGGUUAUUUUCGGAGCUGUCGACAUUCCCGCAAAAGUGCUCGUGUUUCUUUUCAUGAGCCUGAUUGGAAGGAGGUUCACACAAGGAACUUCGCUCAUCCUGGCCGGGAGCUUUAACCUGGCGAACAUCUUUGUUCCGAAAGAGUCUCAGGCCUUACGCACAUCAUUCGCUGCGAUUGGGAAAGGGUGUCUCUCUGCAGCCUUCAGCUGCUGCUACCUCUACUCAGGCGAACUCUACCCAACCGUGGUCAGGCAGACGGGGAUGGGGCUGGUGAGCACGAUGGCUCGCGUGGGGGCUAUGAUAGCUCCUAUUGUCAGGAUGAGCGGUGACUAUGUCUCAUUCCUGCCAUCGAGCAUUUAUGGCGGGAUGGCUAUAAUCGCUGGCUUCGCUGCGUUUCUCCUUCCCGAAACACGGAACGCUCCUUUGCCGGAAACCAUCGAAGAAACAGAAAACAGGACAAACAAAUGUGCUGAGAAGGACAAAGAUGCCCAGGGGGCUGGUGUUCCACUUCAUGAAACAUGCCUGUCGCUGAUGAAGCAGACUGUGUAACCAGACCCGACCACAAGCAACUUUCCUGAAUGUCCUCUUGACAGAUGUGGGGUAGCAGACGAGAACAGAAAAAUGCAGUUCACACUCAGCACAGAGAGAGAGAAGGAGAGAGUGAGGGAGAGAGAGAGAGAGGGAGAGAGAGUGUUAAGGCUUGGAUUUGGAACAUUAGCUCCGUUUCACUCUCCACAGAUGCUGCCAGACCUGCUGAGUUUCUUCAGCCCUUUCUAUUCUCACUGCACACCUUCAGUAUCCACACUAUAUUGCUUUAACUAGCCUGUGUUUACUUAGAGUUUAGAGAUUCGUACAGUCACGGAAACAGACCCUUCAGCCCAUCCAGUCCGUGCUGACCACAGUCCCACCUCCCUGCUCCUAGCCCAUAUCCCUCCAAACCUUUCCCUAUCCAUGUCCUUAUCCAAAUGUCUUUUAAACGCUGUAACUGUACCCGCACCCACCACUUCCUCUGGAAGCUCCUUCCACACACGAACCCACUCUCUGUGUCAAAAAUUUGCCCCUCAUGUCCUUUUUCAAAUCUUUCUCCUCUCACCUUAAAAAUAUGCCCCCUGGUCUUGAAGACCCCCCAUCUUAGGAAAAAACUGAAUACAAUUAACUCUAUCUCUACAAGGUAGCAUUUUAUAAACCUUUAUGAAGUCCCCGGUCAACUCCUACAUUCCAGUGAAGAAAAUCCCAGUCUGCCCAUUCUUUCUUGAAAGCUCAAACCUUCCAUUCCCGCCAACAUCCUGGUAAAUCCCUUCUGAACCCUCUCCAGCUUCAUCAUAUCUUCAUCAUAACACGGAGACCAGAACUGGACACAGUGCUCCAGAAGAGGCCUCACCCACGUCCUGUACAACCUCAACAUGACGUCCCAGCUGCUCUGUUCAAAGAUCUGAGAAAUGAAGGCGAGCGUGCUAAACCCCCCUGUUUACUCGUGAUGCAAACUUCAAAGAAUUACGUACCUGAGUGCCCCCCUGCCCCGAGGUCUCUCUCUGUUCUACACCACCGCCCAGGGCUCUACCAUUAAUUGUAUAAGCCCUACUCUCGCUCGUUGUAUCAAACUGCAAUACCUCACAUUUAGCCAGAUUGAACUCCAUCUGCCAUGUUUCAGCCCAUUGCCCCAUUUCAUCCAGAUCCCUUUGUAAUCUUAGAAAAUCGUUUUCAUGGGCAACCAUGCUACCAAUGCAGAACACCUCUGCUCAGUUCACAAUAAACAACUGCACCUCCCAGUCGCUAACCAUUUCCACUCCCCCUCCCAUUCUUUAGAUGACAUGUCCAUCAUGGGCCUCCUGC